AGUUUAAUAUUUCCUGCUGGGAAACUGGCAGCAACCUCUGAAGACAUCGGCAGUUCACGUCCAGGCUUCAGCAAGCGUACAAGAAUGAGCACCGCAAGGAGAGGAAAAGGCAAAAAAGGAGGAAAACUGAAGAAGACGGAUGUGGCAGAUGAAGAAAAAUACAGAAGGAGAGUGCUAGAGGUUGAGACUCUGAAACAGCACCUUGUUCUUCGGAGGGAUGUGGCCAGGCAAGCAAUGGCCGGCAGUGACGGACUGAAGCAGAGGCUGGUGGAGCUGGAGCAAGAAUUGGAGGAGGCCCGAGGUGACAAACAAGAUAUUUACGAAGAGAUGAUCCGCCGGUUCCAGCAACUUCAGGGUCAGACCGAUACUCGGAUACAGCACUUAGAAGCUGAGUCUCAGAACUUGAGGGAACAACUCGCCGCUUGCCAAAAUGACGUGCGACUAAGCCGAGCAGAUAAGGAAAAGAUGCAGAAAGAGAAGGAGGAGGCAAUUGCUGAGAUGCAACGCAAGAUCGACAAGAUGGAGACAGAAUAUGAAAAAAUCCUGCAUGGCAGCCUGGACCUUGUGCUGUCCAAACUGCAGACUGCCAAACUGGGCUGGGAGAAGGAGGCCACAACCCUCCAUAUGGAGUAUAAGGACCGGCUCAAGGAGUUCGGACUCAACCCACUGGAGAUCUGA